AUGCAUCAUCCAUGCCUUAGAGCAGCAGCGCCGGAGGAGGCAGAACCUUUUGCAGCAGCGCACCCAAUAGAUGGAGAACGACAUUCAUUGGGAGAGCGGGAUUGGGCGCGUGGAAGGGAGCCCUCCUCUAAAAAGAAGUAUUCAUCAAUUCUCCCAAGAAGAGAAGACGUCAUCACCCUUACACAACCUUCAUACGACACACAACCUUCAUACGACAGUGCGCCUUGUCAGAGCGCCGUUGAGAUCUCCUUGUUGUUCCGCUCUCGACUGACGACACCAGCUGCAUCGUCUGCAGCUGGGACACCUCCUCCUCUUCUGCCAUGA